UUCUGGCAAGCGCCUGCGCACGGCAGCUCCAUCCAGCAAGGGAACCUUGAAUUUCUUCGGGAUUCUUGAUCUGCAGUGCAGAGCAAAGCAGGGGAACGUGUUGCAGCAGCUCGUGCUGCUGGGUUUCAGAAGAGAUCCAAAAGGGAUUUAAACGGCAGGGAAAGAAGGCAAACAGGGACCCGUUCACCCUCGAUCGUUAAACAAUAUCUUCAUUAUCUUUAAAAAACAUUUUUUUAAAGAAAAGCUUCACCGUGAAUUUGAGCCUUUGCGUUAGGGGACAGCGCACACCGCAAACUGCAUAAUGGGGAAGCAGAAUAGCAAACUGGCUCCUGAAGUGAUGGAGGACCUCGUGAAGAGCACAGAGUUUAACGAACACGAACUCAAACAGUGGUACAAAGGAUUUCUAAAGGACUGUCCCAGUGGGAGACUGAACCUGGACGAGUUUCAGCAACUUUACGUAAAGUUUUUCCCAUAUGGAGAUGCUUCAAAGUUUGCCCAGCAUGCCUUUAGAACCUUCGAUAAGAAUGGUGACGGGACCAUUGACUUCAGAGAGUUUAUUUGUGCACUGUCGAUCACCUCAAGGGGCAGCUUUGAACAGAAACUGAACUGGGCUUUCAAUAUGUAUGACUUAGAUGGAGAUGGAAAAAUCACCAGAGUAGAGAUGCUGGAAAUUAUAGAGGCCAUUUACAAAAUGGUGGGCACUGUGAUAAUGAUGAAAAUGAAUGAAGAUGGCCUCACACCAGAGCAACGAGUAGACAAGAUUUUCAGCAAGAUGGACAAGAACAAAGACGACCAGAUCACGCUGGACGAAUUCAAAGAAGCUGCAAAGAGCGACCCUUCCAUUGUAUUACUCCUGCAAUGUGACAUUCAGAAAUGAGCUCGUGUAAAAAAAAUGCUUUCAUGGACUGCACAGAAGUUUAAAUGUUCCAUUCAGUUUGCAGCUGUCUCCACACACACUCACAUGAAACAAACAAAAAAACUGCUUGGACUACCUAUCAAUGGACUUGCUUCUUGUGUUUGAAACACUUGUGUGCAUGAGAAUGUCAAUUGCUAAAGAAUUUUAAAAGUAUAUAUUAUAAAAAAAAUAUUAAGCCACGAUGUGAUGUGUGCAACGCCAUUUCAUAAGCCCUCUUCCUCUGAUGCCUGUGCAGCUGUGCGAUGCUGCAGUGAAUCAAUACUAUUUAUUGUUCAUGUUUUACUGAUGCUAGCUGUUAUGUCUCCUAAACUGGGUAAUGUUAGUGACACUGAAACCCCCAUGGUAGUGUAACUGUUCAUUAGCAAAACAUGUCACCAUUAUGCUGUAUAGUAAUAUUGGACAGACAGAGGUGAAGCCCCUCAGUUCAUGAGUCUGAUCCAGAUGUGCUUGUACCGUCAGUGAAUAUAAAUGUAUUUAAUUUGCAUGACUUCUAGGUUUUGCCUUAAUUUUUACCUCAUUUGCAUCCUUUUUGAUCAGAAAUAAAAGAGCUAUUUCAGAGGAAUGAACUAUAAAACAGACUUUUAAAAAAGGCUAACCCUGCUAAAUUGUCCCCUUAAUUGAAAGUUAAACAUAUAAAUAUAUAUAAUAUAAAUAUAUAUAAAACACACAUUUAAAAAUACUGUUUUAUUGGAAGUUUAAACUGUUUUGUUGGGAGUUGUAUUGAUUUCUGCUUGAAAUUUUCAUAAGCUUCCAAAGAGGUUGAAAUCUGUGUCCCAAAAAUAAAUUUAUAACAUUUGA